UGAGUAGCGUCUCGCGCAGACAUGGCGGGACUGGAGCUGCUGUCGGAUCAGGGCUACCGGCUGGACGGCCGGAAGGCCACCGAGCUGCGGAAGGUCCAGGCCCGCAUGGGGGUGUUCGCUCAGGCGGACGGCUCCGCGUACCUGGAGCAGGGGAACACCCGGGCUCUGGCGGUGGUUUACGGCCCGCACGAGAUGCGAGGCUCUCGCAGCCGGACGCUCCACGAUCGAGCCGCCAUCAACUGUCAGUACAGCAUGGCCACCUUCAGCACGGCGGAGAGGAAGAGGAGGCCGCACGGAGACCGCAAGUCCACCGAGAUGAGCCUCCACCUCAAGCAGACCUUCGAGGCCGCCAUCAUGACGCAGCUGUACCCGCGCUCGCAGAUCGACAUCUACGUCAAGAUCCUUCAGUCUGACGGAGGGAACUACAGCGUGUGCGUGAACGCCGCCACGCUCGCCGUCAUCGACGCCGGCAUCCCCAUGCGCGACUACGUGUGCGCGUGCUCGGUGGGCUUCGUGGACGAGACGCCGCUCGCCGACCUGUGCUACGCGGAGGAGAGCGUGAGCUCGCUGUCGGUGGCGCUGCUGCCGCGCGGCGGCCAGAUCGCGCUGCUGCAGAUGGACGCGCGGCUGCACCAGGACCACCUGGAGGCGCUGAUGGAGGCCGCCAUGACGGCGUGCAAGGGAGUGAGCAAAGUGCUGGACGAGGUGGUGAGGCAGCACCUGCAGGAGGCGGCCGUGCUCAACGUGUGUCCCUGAACGCACCACUCUCUGGACUCUUUUCGAUACUUUGUUACUGUUUGCACGCAGAAAGUCUAAUAAAGGUGUGGAUUGUG